AUGUCCAGCUCAACAACCGACGUGCCCAACAUCCCGGAGCCAAUAGCCAUAUUCAAGCUCGCUGGCCGAUAUCUCCUCUACGAUGUGGACACCAUCACAUGCCUGCGUGCCAAGCACAAUGUUAUGGGCGUUUUGACUGGUCAACUACCGCAAGCGCCACAGCAGAACGUCUUCUCCGGCAUACCGCUCGAGCUUAUGCCCGAAGAAGCACGAUUGCUGUGCGAGAAAGGCGUUGGCUAUGUUGUCGAUGAUGUCAAGGCGCACAAGCAGGGCUUCCUGGACAGAGGAUUGAGUGAGGAGGAGCGCAAGGUCUUCCGUGAGACGUUGAGGAGGCAAGGGCAGGCAGCCGCGUGCAGGGUUGAGGAGAAAGCCAUGGACAAGAAGAAAGCUGCGCUGAGCAAAGCUGGUGGUAAUGUGGGCGACUGGAAUGAUUUGCCAGAAGAUAUGCUCAGGCCUACAAGUAGAGCUUCUGGUAAGAAAGGCAAGAAGAAAGGGAGGAGUGGGACAACUACGCCCCCUGAGAGCAUUGGUGGUGAUCCGCUAGACGCUGCUGGUAGCAAUAUCAACGAACAUGCUGCAAAUGGUGAUCUGGAUGAGAGCGAGUCAUUGUUUGCCCAGCCUUCUCAGGUCAAUACACCACCAAGGCGAGUACCACCCGCAGCACAAUCCACUGGCCCGCCGCUACCGACCUUCCACGUCACACCGACGACCUCCUACCCGCCUCUGACAGCUGCCACGCCACCUCCACGAUCAUCAACAGGAUCACCUUCGACUCCCGCGCUCGAGCUCAACGAUCUCGGCGAUCCUCUCGAUGCAUCUGUUUCGGAGCUGCCAGAAGUGCCGCCUUCGUAUCCACUUUUCAAGCACAUGCACUCCCGCGGUUACUUCCAAGCUCCUGGUAUACGUUUCGGAUGUCAAUACAUGGCCUAUCCAGGUGACCCACUUCGCUUUCACAGCCAUUUUCUGUGCAACGGUAUGGACUGGGAUCAGGAGUUCGAUCUGCUCGAUCUAGUGGGUGGUGGCAGAUUAGGCACGGGCGUGAAGAAGGGUUAUCUCAUUGGCGGUGUGGAGAAGAAAGACGGUCUCGAUAGCACAGACGAAGCCGAGAGCAAUGGUGAAGGUGUGAGAACGUUUUGCGUGGAAUGGGGUGGGAUGUGA